CUCCCCAGUCGGGCUGUGGGCUCUGGGUGGUCACGUGGGUCUGUUAUUUCUUGGCGGGGUCAUCCCGUCGCGCAGGACCGAGUAGCGCCGAGUCUCUUCCGCCGAACACCACGCUUCAGCCUGCCGUACCCUGGUCCCGAGCCGGUACGCGCUGGGCUGGCCAACCCUGACUUUGCCUGGUAGCUGAGGGUGUACGGAACAGUAUCCAUCAUGGCGGAGUACGAAUAUGAAUACGAGCAGGAUUACAUGGGACAGGAGGACGAAUGGGAGCGGGAAGGGUUGCUCGACCCCGCCUGGGAGCGCCAACAGAGGAAGACAUUCACAGCCUGGUGUAACUCCCACCUGAGAAAAGCCGGCACUCAGAUCGAGGCCAUCGAGGAGGACUUCAGGAAUGGGCUGAAACUGAUGCUUCUUCUGGAGGUGAUCUCUGGCGAGCGCCUCCCCAAACCAGACCGGGGCAAGCUGAGGUUCCAUCAAAUUGCCAACGUCAACAAGGCCCUGGACUUCAUCGCCAGCAAGGGUGUGAAGCUGGUCUCCAUUGGUGCUGAAGAAAUUGUUGAUGGCAAUGUGAAGAUGACCCUUGGUAUGAUCUGGACCAUCAUCCUGAGGUUCGCUAUCCAGGACAUCAGUGUUGAAGAAAGCUCAUCCAAGGAGGGCCUGCUGCUCUGGUGCCAGAGGAAAACAGCUCCAUACAAGAAUGUGAAUGUCCAGAACUUCCAUACCAGCUGGAAGGAUGGUCUGGCAUUCUGUGCCCUGAUCCACAGACAUCGGCCCGAGCUCAUCCCCAACUAUAACGAACUCAGGAAGGAUGAUCCUAUUGGCAACCUCAACCUUGCCUUUGAAAUAGCAGAGAAAUACCUGGACAUACCUAAGAUGCUUGACGCAGAAGACAUUGUGAACACAGCUAGGCCAGAUGAGAAGGCCAUCAUGACGUACGUGUCAUGUUACUACCACGCCUUCUCUGGCCUUCAGAAGGCUGAGACUGCAGCCAACCGCAUCUGUAAGGUGUUGCGGGUCAACCAGGAGAACGAGCGGUUGAUGGAGGAAUAUGAGAGGCUGGCAUCUGAUCUGCUUGAGUGGAUUCGUAAGACAAUCCCGUGGCUGGAGAACAGGACCAGGGACAACACACUGCCAGGAACACAGCACAAACUGGAGGAGUUCAGAGACUACCGCCGUAAGCACAAACCUCCAAAGCUGGAGGACAAGAGUAAGCUGGAGAUCAUCUUCAACACGUUGCAGACCAAGCUGCGACUCAGCAACAGGCCAGCCUACAUGCCCUCCGAGGGAAAAAUGGUCGCGGAUAUUGCCAAUGCAUGGAAGAAACUGGAGUUUGCUGAGAAAGGAUUCGAGGAAUGGCUUCUUGCGGAGUUGAGAAGGCUGGAGCGUCUGGAUCACUUGGCAAGGAAGUUCAAGCACAAAUCCGACAUCCAUGAGGAGUGGACCGAGGGCAAGGAGGUGAUGCUGCAAGACACGGACUUCAAGAACUGCAACUUGUAUGAACUGAAGGCAUUGAGGAAGAAGCAUGAGGCAUUUGAGAGUGAUCUGGCCGCCCACCAGGACCGUGUGGAGCAGAUAGCUGCCAUUGCACAGGAGUUAAAUGAUCUGGAGUACUGGGACGUUGUAACAAUCAAUGCUAGAUGCCAGCGAAUCUGUGACCAGUGGGACAGAUUGGGAGCCCUCACACAGAAGAGGAGAAAUGCUCUGGAUGAAGCUGAGAAAAUCUGGAGAGUGGACCAAUAUCAUUUGGAAUUCGCCAAGAGAGCAGCUCCAUUCAACAACUGGAUGGAUGGUGCCAAGGAGGACCUGGUGGACAUGUUCAUCGUGCACACUAUGGAUGAGAUCCAGGGCCUGAUCGAUGCCCACGAGGCGUUCAAGAUGACCCUGCCCGAGGCAGACAAGGAGUUCAAUGCCAUCAUGAUGUGCAUCACGGAGGUGCAGCGCAUCGUACAGCAGCUCGACCUGAAGGGGGUCACCAUCAACCCCUACACCAACAUCACAGGAGAGGAGCUGAAGCAGAAGUGGCAGGAUGUGAACAACCUGGUCCCGCAGCGUGACUCGGUCCUGCAGCAGGAGAUGGUCAGACAACAGAACCACGAGCGCCUCAGGCGGCAGUUCGCACAGAAGGCCAACUCUGUGGGGCCGUGGAUAGAGAAGCAGGCUGAGGCCAUCGCCACCAUCGGCAUGCAGAUGCAGGGCACUCUUGAGGACGCCCUGUUGAAACUGAAGAACAUGGAGGCUCAGAUCAUGGCCUACAAACCCAACAUGGACGAGCUGGAGACAUACAACCAGGCCAUCCAGGAGUCCCUGGUGUUUGAGAACAAGCACACACAGUACACCAUGGAGACACUGAGGGUUGGCUGGGAGCAGCUGCUCACCUCCAUUGCCAGGACCAUCAACGAAGUGGAGAACCAGAUCCUGACCAGAGAAGCCAAGGGCAUCCCAGAGGAGAAACUGCAGGAGUUCAGGGCCUCCUUCUCUCACUUCGACAAGGAUGGAUCAGGUCGUCUGGAGCCCAACGAGUUCAAGUCUUGUCUCAUUAGCAUUGGAUAUAAUAUACAAGAAGGAGAUAAGGGAGAUGCUGAGUUCGCCCACAUCCUCGGUGUGGUGGACCCGAACGGCUCGGGAUACGUGACGUUCCAGGCAUUCCUGGACUUCAUGACGCGGGAGACAACGGACUCAGACACCGCUGAACAGGUCAUGCAGUCGUUCAAGAUCCUGGCUGGAGACAAGCCCUACAUCACACAAGAAGAGCUUCGGCGUGAGCUGCCACCAGACCAGGCAGAGUACUGUAUCGCCAGGAUGACCCAGUACACCGGGCCAGACGGCAUCCCUGGCGCGCUGGACUACAUGUCCUUCGCCACAGCACUCUACGGAGAGAGUGACCUCUAACCUCUCUACAUACACAUGCAAAUAAAUGUAUAUGUAUUUAUCUUAGUCACCAUCCAUUACUCCAGGGGUAAUUUCCGUACUUUGGGGGAGUUAGUGAGAACACGUGCCUUUUGACAGCAGGGCUGGGUUGUGAUUGUGCUUGUAUGUUGAGGAAGGAAGGGGUAGUAGCCAAAGGAACAAAACGUCUUCUUCUGUCAUUAGGAGAUAGUGUAGUUGUGCCAUCUUACAUUGUGCAACCAUCAGAAUUUGCAAGAUAUAUGACGAGAAUGAACUGUAAUGGUAGGGAGGGGGACAGUAGGUGUAGUGAUGUAGCUGGGAGUGUGUUGAUGGCAGGACAUUGUAGCUGUGAUGACGGUGGGUUACCAAGAAUGGGAUACCUGCACUUUGGCUUGAAUAUGGACAUCACAGCAGCACAUAUUUAUGUAUGUGUUACUUCCGGGACCAAAAUCAGGGUUGUUGCACAUAGAUAGAUGUGACCACAUGUGCGGCUAUGUUGUGCAUGUUCUCGGCAGACACAGGCAAUUUAGCAGCAGCUCAGACCUGCGGCAGCUCACGGUGGCUGUUUACAGGUCGUGACCACGUGUUGCUGCCAAAUUGGUGCAUUUGAAAUCAAACGUGUCUUAGAUGUGGAGCUAUACAUUCUGGGAGGUCAUAACUCGAUCACGUGACCAACCUAGAUGUGACCACAUGUGCAGCCUCACACCUACAGAUUGUUUAAGAAGAAUGCCCCCCUCCUGUCUUCCAUUCUCAGAUGGAUAAGGUAGCACCUACCUGACUCCUUCUGCCCAACAUUAGGCAGAGGCAGUCAGUGUGACCACAGGUGCCCUCCCUUCUUCCCUCUGGAAUGGCUUCACCCUAUUUAGAGAACGUGGUUCUCUAUUUGGGUUGCUGUCCCGUGUGUGAGCCAGCAAAGUCGUGCCCCCUGGGGCAGAGGGAUCUAUGUCAGCAUGGUGUGGAGCAGCAGAAUGCCUGGCAUACUUGGGCUUCCUGGGAGCCAGCAGAGAAUGUGCAUGGAGUCUACGGUUGCCCCUACUCAGCACAGCUGUCUCCCCACGUGAACGCACUCCCUAUAAUUAGCUCGAGGUUUCGUAUCAGCUACUGCCCCAAAUAUUUUUGAACGCUUAAUUGUUUUAUACUGAUCAGUAGUUGUGUACUUCACGUUAUAUUGCCAGGUCCCAUCAGAUGAUUUUUGCUUUUUUUUCUACGUAUGAUACAUGUAUUUAUCAUUACCUACAUUGUAUACAGUCCUAGAAAUUAUGCAAAUCUAAGGUUAGCUGCCUAUAUGUAAGGCCAGCAGGGUAGCUUGCAUAUGCUUGAUAUAAUUCUCCACCUGAAGUAUAGUAGUGGUAUGUCAUGAUCUGAGAGGCUUGAUUUGUUUAAGGUGUCAAAUAGAGGUGGUUUUAUCUGACUCUACUGUAGACUGUUAAUUGGAUGGAAGGGGAAAUAAAAACUUUGUACUCUUGAAAACAUCA